AGCGGCAGCCGUUGCUUCGCUCGAGGGGGCCCACGUGCGGCGCGGCAGGGUCGCCGGCGCGCCGCACAUCGCCGCCCCCCACAACGGCUGGCUCGCCCGCGCCACCGUCUUCGUGGCAUGGCAGACGGUGCGGACGGCUUGUGCCCCGAGGAGGAGCUCGAGGUCUACCGCUCCCUCGCCAGCGAGGAGCUGCAGGUUGAGGUGCUCUCCGCACCAGGCGCACGCAAGAGGCCCUGCGAGGGCGGCGGCGAGCCCGCGGAGAAGGUGCCGGCCAGGGGCGGCGCGCCGAGCGCCGAGGGCGAGGAGGAGCAGCAGAGCGAGGACGAGGGCGGCGGCGUCACCUUCGUGCUGGCCGACCCUGGGCCCCGGGGCGGGCUCAUGGGGUACUACCUCGGCAAGAGGUGGGAGGGCAGGGGGGCCAUGCAGGACGCGGACCUCGCUCCCGAGCUCGACGGCCCGACGGGCACCCUGGCGUCCGCGGGCUCGCCGGCCGUGGCAUCCAGCCUGGUGCGCGUCGGCAGCCGCGCGGACACGGUCGUGGUGGAGGAGGGGACAGAGGCCAUCCUCUCGAAGAUACGGUUCGUGAUGGACACCGCGGAGAUGGCCGACACGCCCUGGAGGAUGCCGGGGGCCAACCUAGCGGACCACUUCAACUUCGGCCUCAGCGAGGCGAGCCUGAAGGGGCAACAUCUCACUGCAAGUUGGUCUCUGCGAGGAGUACGUCCUCAAGCAGAUCCGCAUGAGGCUCGACGCGCGCGAGCGGCAGAAGAUCGCCAUUGUCGAGGGCGGCCUUGACGCACGCGGCGCGUGAGAGAAAGGAAACGUCCGAGGCCGAAGGUUCUGCAUGACCGCCUGAGCAGCAUUUGACCUCGGCCCCACCGGCCGACUAACACCCCUGGGUGGUUCAUGCGAUUUUGGGUCGAGGGUUCACAGCCCC